CAGGAACACCUUCGCAUCCUGGCAGGCAUCUGGGAGAGUAAACAAGGAGCAGCCAUGGAGAAGAGUUACGUGUCCAUAUUCUUGCUGCUCAUUGUCAUCUCCUGUGCUCUGGCAAAGGAUGCAGGCAAGAAGGAUUCAAAGGACACUGCUGCUAAGCCAAAACUGCCUCAGACACUCUCCAGAGGCUGGGGAGACCAGCUCAUCUGGACGCAGACCUACGAGGAGGCGCUUUUCCGGGCCAAGCACAGCCAGAAACCCCUGAUGAUUAUCCACCACUUGGAAGACUGCCCACACAGCCAAGCCCUCAAGAAGGUCUUUGCUGAACACAAAGAUAUACAGAACCUGGCUGAAAAAUUCAUUCUCCUGAACCUUGUGUAUGAAACCACAGACAAGAACCUUGCACCUGAUGGCCAGUAUGUCCCUCGGGUUUUGUUCAUAGAUCCUUCCCUGACUGUGAGAGCAGAUAUUACUGGAAGAUACUCAAACCGUCUCUAUGCAUAUGAGCCCUCUGACAUUUCGUUGUUGUAUUCAAAUAUGCAGAAAGCGCUGAAGCUCCUGAAGACUGAACUGUAAGAGGAAGAAGAAAGCCCUUAAAUAUUAUGAAGUCUUAUCUUCCAUCUCUUCUCCACACCUUGAUACUGGUGAAGAGACUAUUUAGAGUGGUAUUUAGUGAUGUGUAGUGAUGGUUUCAAUACAUAAACACUACAGUUUUACAUUAGCACUUUUGUCCUGGGCAGCAUUUUUAAAAGUUGGAGGCUUUUAUUUUAAGGCGUACAGAAGAAUACUGUAUGAUUCAACUGUAAAAAUGAUUUUUUUAAAAAUAAAUUCAUUUCAAGUGUUUACAUACAAAACAUUGCUGUGUUUCCAAUUUUUUCCCUUAUCUUCAUCUACCAUUAUUAGAAAUAGUAAAAUCAUUGUGCUGCUUGAGCCCACAGCUUGCAUUUUACAUUCAAACACUUUGGGAAGAAAAAGGCUGCUGUGGGUCAAUCCCAGCCAGCAGCCCAGCCCCAUACAGCUACUUGUUCUCUCACUCCACUCCAGUGAGAUGGGAAAGAGAAUCAGAAGAUUAAAAGUGAGAAAACUCAUGGAUUUGGAUAAAGACAGUUUAAUAGGUAAAGCAAAAGCUGUGGGCACAAGCAGAGCAAAACACAGGAUGAAUUCACUGCUUCCCACAGGCAGGCAAGUGUUCAGCCACCUCCAGGA